CCUUUCUGCAGCCUGGAAUCUUCUACAUGCUUCUCAUACCGUUAUGUAGAAGGAGCUUUCUGAGUUUCAUUUGUAAAGCAGAAGACGACUAUUUUUGAUUCUUUUUCACAUGCAAGUAUGGACAUUAUAAUCUAUGAUGAUUACUCCAAUCCACCGCUUCAGAGAUAUUGAGAGGAAACCUGAAUACCUCCAGCCAGACAAGUGUGUUCCACCUCCUAGCCAUAGUUCCUUGGGAACAAUGUGGUUUAUUCGAGAUGGCUGUGGUAUUGCAUGUGCUGUUGUUACCUGGAUGCUUGUCUUCUAUGCAGACUUUGUAGUCCUUCUUGUUAUGUUAGUUCCAUCAAGAGACUAUAUUUAUAGUGUGAUCAAUGGGAUAUUGUUCAACAUGUUGGCUUUCCUGGCUUUGGCUUCACAUUUUCGAGCUAUGCUAUCAGAUCCGGGUGCUGUGCCCAAAGGUAAUGCCACAAAAGAAUUCAUUGAGAGCUUACAGCUGAAGCCAGGACAGGUUGUUUAUAAGUGUCCAAAAUGCUGUAGCAUCAAACCAGACAGAGCACAUCACUGCAGUGUUUGCAAGAGGUGUAUUCGGAAAAUGGAUCAUCACUGUCCAUGGGUUAAUAACUGUGUAGGAGAGAAUAACCAGAAGUACUUUGUACUGUUUACAAUGUAUAUAGCACUAAUUUCCAUGCAUGCCCUAAUCAUGGUGGGAUUUCACUUCCUGUAUUGCUUUGAAGAAGACUGGACAAAAUGCAGCUCCUUCUCUCCACCAACUACAGUGAUCCUUCUUAUCCUCUUGUGUUUUGAGGCUCUUUUGUUUCUCAUCUUCACAUCUGUAAUGUUUGGGACCCAGGUACACUCCAUCUGCACUGAUGAAACGGGAAUAGAACAAUUGAAAAAGGAAGAGAGAAGAUGGGCUAAAAAAACAAAAUGGAUGAACAUGAAAGCAGUAUUUGGCCAUCCGUUCUCUAUAGCAUGGCUUAGCCCAUUUGCUACUCCAGACCAAGGAAAGGCAGACCCAUACCAGUAUGUGGUCUGAAGAAUUUCCACUAAAAUAAAACCACAUUUCAGCACUACUGUUAUAUAAUUUUUAUAUGAAUGUUUAAAACAAAACGUAAAACAGAAACUCUUUUUAUGUCUAUUAAAGGCUGUUGGUUGCAGAGAAAAAAAAAAAAGCCCUGUAUUCUGCAAUUUUAGAUAAUACUAUGUCUCUGGUGGCUGAAGUGUCUUCUUUUUUUCUGUUUUUUUGUUUUGUUUUGUUUAACUUGUUAACUUUACUGGCCUUUGUUUCUAUCUGCUUCCUGUAUGGCAUAAUUAAUGUGAAGGAGACCCUCUUUCUCUGUUGUGCCUGUCUCUGCUAACCGAGUAGACUGUAAUGCUGUCUCUAGACUGUGAGGGUAUCUGUGUAAGUGCCAACAGUGCCAUCUUCCUACACAGACAUCUUUGGACUUCCUAAUGGUGUCUACAGCUCUGACUGGGCAGUGAGUUUCUUUCGUAAAAGAGGACGUUAGCUGAGAAAUAGACACUUUGCUUACUGAACAUUGAAAGGUGGAAGAUGAGGGUGUGAUGCUGUGCAAGAGCCAAUUAAUAAUGUGGUCACAUGCAGUUAAAGUAUUUAAAACAAAUGUUGCCAAUACCACCUUUUUUGUUUCCAGAGACAAAACUAAUUCCAUCUUUCUGGCAUUCUUUUGUCUGCUCCCUCCCUUGUAAGUAGGAAAUGUUUCCCCUCUAGGGAAAAUAUGGCAACUUUGGUGGAAGACUCUCUUAAUUAAAUGCCUUACACUUAGAGGAAAAAAUCCAUUUUAAAAUUCUUAGGAUCAUCUUGUUUGUGUAUGUCUGUCUUUGAUAAAUAAGCUGUUGAAGUGAUGCCUACUCAACAGUGUGAACAUGACAACUUGCCAUAAAAGCAUAGCACUGAUGGUUUGUGUAGGUCUGCCUGAACAAUUAAUUUUCUGUUCUUAGGACCCUCCAUCUUUAUAACUUUGUAAAUCUCUUAUGUUUAUACAUAUAAAUAUUUUAAAUUGGGAAAUGUCAGUGUUAAGGAGUAUGCAUGCCUACUGUCAAUAUUGUGUGGAUAGUAAACUAUGUGCAGUAAAUGGUUGACUGAGGGAGGGACAGAGGGCAUUCCAUCAAAAACAAAUUCAGGUAAAACUAAAUCUUAUGUGACUGAAACUAAUUUUUUUUGUAUCUGGGCAGGAAUUUUAUUAUAUUCCGAAUCAUUUUGAAAAGGGGCCGUUAGCAUAGUGCCAGUGGGACCCAUCAAUCAAUCAUAAACAAAGGAAAAAUGUAAAUAAGCUGUAGCCAUGGAUUCCGGUGUAACCUUUUCAGUUUUUAAAAACACUUUUAUUUUGGAAAAUGACCUAUUAGGCUGAAUCGAAGCCAUGGGGAGGGGGGGGGAGGGAAAUACGGGGAGGAAAAGGCUAGUGGAUCUGUCUCACUUUGAAAGUAAUGUGAAUGCUGCAUCUUUUCAAUUCUGUCAAUGCUUCCAUAUGGAAAACAAAUGCAAUAAAACUUUUCCAAAAACUG